CUGGGGCUCUCUGACCAUCUUCUCCUCCUCUGCUGUCAUACCAGGUCGCACGGUGCAUAUAACGCUUGAAGAAUCCACACAAACAUGCCAUCUCGCGCCGUUUUUCUUGCCCCAGGCGUUAUCUGCCUCUUCAUAGCCUUCGUUCUAUCUCUACUCGUGUCUAUCUCCUUGCCUACCCUUCCCGCGUUGGACAUUACGAGAACGCACUAUGAUACCGACUUCUUGGAAAAUGGAGGUGAUAUAAACGGUGUACAUCUCCUCGGCGAACUGAGGCUCGGUAUUUGGGCAUAUUGUGGCUAUAGCGCGGAUAAUGGGGACAAGACCUGUAUACACCAAGGACAUGGAUACACUGUCAAUCUCCCAUUCAUUGGGGCAGACGACUCUGGCUCAAACCCAGUGAUCGGUAUCGUAACUAUCGGGUCUUCUUGGACCAGAGGUCUCGCCGUUCAUCCUGUUGCAACUGCGGUGAUUGGCAUCGCCUUCAUCCUCUCGCUCUCUUCCAACCUCGCCAUCGAACUGGCCUCAUCCAUCGUGUCUUUGCUCGCCGCAUUUCUUACGCUUCUUGCAUUCAUCAUCGAUAUCGCGUUGUAUGCACACACCAAACACGAGAUGCACGCGAUAGACCAGUCAAAGACCGUGACUGCCCCCGGCUUCUGGCUCACGUUCGUCUCCCUCGUUAUGCUCAUCAUCGCAAGUUUCACGGUCUGCAUCGGUCGGCGACGCCACCUCGCUAACGAGGAUCCGUUUGCGGACAACAAAGGCAUCCGUUUGGCUUUCUGGAAGCGCUGAUUCCGGAGCCUUCACGGUGUUAUCAUAACCGACCAGAGGACAUUGCGAAAGGUUACUCACUCUUAUGAUGAGCGCACUCGAUCAGACUUCUAAGCACACUGCUACUCAUGAACACAAGGAGGGUCGAUUUCGAGUGCGAUUAGAAUUUUUGGUAGCGGAUGCUCUUGUACCUAGUGAAUGAGAUACAAGAAUGCCAUGUC